AUGUUUUAUGUAGGACCAGCGAUUGACUGUGUUCUGUGUAGGAGCGGUGAUCAACUUUGUGUGCUGUGUCUUGUGCCCAGGCCUACUCGGGAAUACGAAGGGUUUGACUGGCAAGGAGAUCUGCCGCUUAAGUUUCCACAAAGAGAUCUUUUCAUAUAUGAAAUGCAUGUCCGUGGAUUUACAUGCCAUGAGUCCAGCCAGGUGAAAUUUCCUGGUACAUACCUUGGUGUAGUGGAGAAACUUGAUCAUUUGAAGGAACUUGGUGUGAACUGUAUCGAGUUAAUGCCAUGCCACGAGUUUAAUGAGUUGGAAUACUACAGCUACAAUUCUAUCUUGGGACUGCGAAAUUUUGCCCUCAUUGUGGGCAAUGUUGUGCCGUCAAACACCACAACUGCCGAUUCGGAUAGCUUUAACAGCUGGUGGUUUUACAAAGGAGAGUAUAUUGUUGGUGCUGCGAAGGGGGAGAGAGGGCAUGUGUUAUGGAUUGCCGGGGGUACCAAUAUAGGCAUUUGCCCCUUCCCUUGA